AUGAAUGUAAUUUCAAUCUCUGUUUUACUGAUCUUUACUCUUCUCUCAGUUACUAAUGCACUUGAAUGCUACGUAUGUGAACAACAGGAAGGAAAUGAUGAUAAAUGUAUCAAGACUGUUCGUAUGUGCCAACGAUAUGAAGAUACAUGCGCCACAUUAAUUCUCUACACGACACCUCACGAAUGGACACCACGAGGGGAACGUCGCCAUUAUAUCUCAAAAGGUUGUGAUACAAGAGAUGCAUGUACACGCCUUCUCUAUGGUUUGGCUACUGUUUGUACUCGUAACUGGUAUGAAGAUUGGGCAUGUGUAGAAUGUUGUCAAGGCGAUCGAUGCAAUCGAUACGUUGUUUUGGGUUCAAAUAAUACGCGUGCAUCAAUAAUGUUACUUAUCGUUGCAAUCCUUACUGCAUUAUUUAUUCGCUAUUGA